GUCCCGUUGGUGCCAACCCGGUGCGGAGACGCGACAUCGACUGUAGAUAAAGUUGAGAACAAUGGGCACCGCAGCCAUCUACUAUUCAAAUGGAUCUUUCAUAGAAGUCGGCUCAAUCGAGGGUAACAAACACUACAAGGCCUUCAUGCGGCGCAUGACAUGCGCAGCAGCAAACCGCCUUACGCUACACCUGACUUGGCCAUAUGCCGGUUCAUCCCUCCAAGCUUCCAGGGAAUUUUCAACGUUUGCACCCCGCCAGCCGCCAUUGCCAGCACCGAGAUCCUCCUACACGCUCUUCAGUCUUCCGUUGCUGCACACCUGGGCACAUCCUUCUGCUACGCAGAGCUGAUACUGCACGAUCCUUCCCAAGGAGACGGAUAUCAGCGAGAUGGUGUGCAGGAAUCACUGAAGCGCAUCGGCCUCCGUCAAGCAAUGAAAGGCGUACCGGCCCUGCCGGCUUCCAGUCUCGCUGUUCAUGCCAACAUCCAAUUCCCAAUUCCCAGGACAGAUAUACCUCAAGCGGCGCUGUCGAUAGAAUUCAGUCGUUGGGGGAUGAGCACCGCGGUUUUCUGCGUGGAUGAGCUGGUUCUCGAGGAGCAGCGUCACAAAACCAUUGCAUUCUCCGACGAGAAGAACGCGAGUGGCGCAGACGACAGCCCAGAGGAGGAUGCCGCGAGACUAGCGGAAGCGAGCGAGGCGCUGCGCCGUAUCUCCACACCGCCCCUGGGAUCGUGCUCUGGUGUUGGCGACAUGCUGGAUGAGAUCCAAGUCCUAAUCCUCCACGGUGAUUCGGUCCGAGAUGCUGGCUUCGUGGAGUUGUUGAUAGACCUAUUUGGGAGUAGGCUGGUUGAAGAGGCGUAUGAUUUUGACCCUAUCUUCGCACCUGCAGUGGCAGGAGCUAGAGCAUCCCACGAGAACAUGGAUCUGAUCAAUUUUGAGGAGCCUGCUGCGUUUGGAUGUCGUUGGAUGUCCAAGUUGUACCGUGAUCGGAACCAAGAGUUGUAGGAAUGAUUGAGAUUGGCGCUUGGCAAGCAUGCGAUUACUCAU